AGUCGGAUCAUCACAGUUUGUGGUGAGCUUCACAUUUGGUAGUUUCAAGUUGCAGUCCGAGCCUAUUAUUAAACAUGAAACUGUUCAUCAUUGCCGGUCUUAUCGCCGUGAGCGCCGCCGCUCGCUUGGAACACCUGGAGCGUGGCUACCUCCCUCCUGAUCAGGCUGGAAGCCAGGGUUUCGGAGCCAGAGGUAGCUCUGGCUUUGGAUCUAGUGGCUCCAGCGGUUUCGGUGGAAGCGGCUCAAGUGGAUUCGGUGGCAGUGGAUCAAGUGGAUUCGGUGGCAGUGGAUCUAACGGCUUCGGUGCUAGUGGCUCAAACGGUUUCGGCUCGGCCUCUGCCAAAUCUGGCUUCCACUCUGGCGCGUCUGGUGCCUUCGGCGCUGCCACCAUCAACCAGUACCUGCCCCCUGACCACGACCACUCUUCAGGAUCUGGUUCUUUCGGUGGAUUGGGCUCUCAGUCCCAGGCUGGAUCUGGAUUCGCUUCCCAGCGUAGCCAGCCCAACCAGCAGUACGGUGCCCCUAAAUUCGGCUCCGCUGCCAACGGCUUUGGUCAGCAAUCUGGUGCCUUCGGUCAGCACUCUGGUUCCUCCUUCGGUCAGCAGUCUGGUUCCGCCUUCGGUCAACAGUCUGGUUCCUUCGGUCAACAGUCUGGUGGUUUCGGUCAGCAGUCUGGUGGUUUUGGCCAGCAAUCUGGUGCCUCCCUUGGCGCUGCUGGCCGUCAGUACCUCGCCCCCAAGACUGGCUCUAGCGGAUCUAGCUUCCAGAAUAUUCCUCAACAAGCCUUCGACGAACAGACCGGAUACCACUAUUAAGAGUAGAGAUAUUAGCGAAAUUGUGUUCGAAAAUGCAACAAAUGUGUUCUCAA